UCCAGCCAAAACCUGGGCAUUUUCCCCCUGCGAGACAAAAAGCAAGAGAUCCCUUCUGUGUAACCUUGCCUUGAGCAUCCUUCCCUUCCAAAGCAAAGGCAUCGGGUGCUUUUGGGGAUUCUCUUUGAUCUCCAUCCUCUUGAGCUUCAUCAGCUCUUCCCAAAAAAAGACCACCCCCCCCGUCCAUUUCUCAUUCUAUUUUAUCUUUUUGCUCCUUUCCAAAAAAUCCCAGCCUCUCCUUAGCUUUUUAAUAUAUAUGUGUGUUUUUCCCUGCUUGCAAGAAAUGGCUUCGUAGCCAAAAUGAGGUUGGAGAUGGGAAGCCAAGGACUUGGUCCCCAGUUUCAAGGUGUUAGUCCUCACUGAGGACAGGGCUUGGAAAUUCAUAUCUUUGGUAUAUGGGGGAUUUUUGUUUUAUUUUGCAAAGGAAAGAACAACUUGCAAGGAAGGCUGUCUCAUCCUGGCAGCUGCAAGGAGGGAAGCACUCCCUUGAUUUUAUUGAAAUUAAUUUUUUUCUGGGGGGAAAAGGAACUUCCCCAGGUGGACUUUCUCCAGACUGGACUGCAGUGGUUCACUUUCUCUGAAGGGAGGCUGAAAGUGGAGAGAGAGAUACUGCUGAUCUUGGGAAUCUCUGGCUCUUCUCUUCUGGGUCUGGAAAGAGACUUGAAGAGUCUAGAAUAGAGAUUUUGAGCAUCUGGAGCACCACUGGAAAAGUUUUAAUCCGCUUGCCGAACACGACCCCUUUGAUUGUUUGUCAAGAUGGCCUUCAUCUGGAAGACUUGCAUCUUUGUAAUAAUACUUCUCCCUGUGGCUACUUCAAUGCAUCCAGACUGUUUAAUGAGGAAGGAACAAGAGGCCUGCUUAGAGACCAUCCAGAAAUUGACUGCCUUAAUCCCACUAAAUGAAUCAUCUCCAGAUUGCAAAGGGAUGUGGGACAACAUCACCUGUUGGAGGCCUGCCUUUGUGGGCGAGGCCGUCCAUGUGAAAUGCCCAGCACUCUUCACCCUGGUGAACUUCGAUUACGGCUGGGAUGUGAAUGGUAUGGCCUACGCUCAACCAGGUGAUUUGGAAUUACUGGAAAAUUCUGAUGAAAUGUUAGGUGCCAUACCAGGUUUCAAGGUCAGCAGGAACUGCACUGAGAAAGGCUGGUCAGAACCUUUCCCCCAUUACUAUGAUGCCUGUGGAUUUAUUGAGAAUGAAAACGUAUCUGAUUACAACCAGGAUUACUACUACCUCUCAGUAAAAGCUCUCUACACAGUUGGUUACAGCACGUCCCUGGUUUCACUCACCACCGCUAUGGUGAUCUUGUGCCGUUUCAGGAAACUGCACUGUACCCGGAACUUUAUUCACAUGAACCUCUUUGUUUCCUUCAUCCUCCGAGCCAUAUCCGUCUUCAUUAAGGAUGGAGUCCUAUACGCUGAACAAGAUAGCAACCAUUGUUUUGUCUCAACGGUGGAAUGCAAAGCAGUGAUGGUCUUUUUCCACUACUGUGUGAUGUCCAACUAUUUCUGGCUCUUCAUUGAGGGACUGUACCUCUUCACCUUAUUAGUAGAAACCUUCUUUCCAGAAAGGAGAUACUUCUACUGGUAUACCAUCAUUGGAUGGGGAACGCCCACCAUUUGUGUCACUGUCUGGGCUGUCCUUCGACUUCACUUCGAUGAUGUUGGCUGCUGGGACAUUAAUGGCAACACAGCCUUGUGGUGGGUGAUCAAAGGCCCCGUGGUUGCAUCAAUAAUGAUCAACUUUUUGCUUUUUGUUGGCAUCAUCAUCAUCUUGGUUCAGAAACUUCAGUCACCUGAUAUUGGAGGCAACGAAUCAAGCAUUUACUUCUUCAUGGUGGAAAGAAACGAGAAACAUGGCAUAUCCCAUCGCAGCUGCGUUCAGAAAUGCUACUGUAAAUCCAACAGGGCUAACCAGCACUCUUGCAGGAUGUCUGAACUAUCCACAAUUACCUUGAGGCUGGCCCGUUCAACCUUGCUGCUUAUUCCACUCUUCGGGAUUCAUUACACAGUGUUUGCCUUUUAUCCAGAGAAUGUCAGCAAGAGAGAGAGGCUGGUGUUUGAACUGGGACUGGGAUCUUUCCAGGGCUUUGUGGUUGCUGUCCUUUACUGCUUCUUGAAUGGGGAGUUUCUCCCUAAAGGUGCAAUCAGAAAUAAAGAGGAAAUGGAGGAGCUGGAAAGUCAACCGGUACUUUGCUGUGGAUUUCAAGCAUCGCCAUCCCUCUCUCGCAAGCAGCGGAGUGAACGGGGGGACGCAAUUGUCCAUUCUGAGCAAGAGCAGCUCACAGAUUCGCAUGUCAAGCAUAAAUGCGGAGAACCUGGCAACAUGAGUGCAUAAAACAACUUCCUUUCCCGACUCCUUCCCAGAAAGCGAGAGAAAAUCCCUUUGAAAACAAACAAAAAAAGUCAUCAUCAUGGUGGCGUGGGUUGUUCCGUGUGUCUCUCUGUGUCUUUUUUUUAAAAACCCACCACCCUUUUAUUAUUAAGAGAAACAAGAUCAUUCUGGAAACAUGAAACGCGACAUCUCAGAUCCGUGGAAGAGCUGGUGUUGAAAGGUAUUGUAAAUACACAAUGGUGAUCAUCCAGAAAAGAAAAGACAUUCAACCCACCCACUAUCCCAGUGAGCUGCAGAUAAUUCCAUCAUUGGCCUUGCAUUUCUGGUGAUCGUUGUGCCAUUGUGAACUUUGGUUGCCAUACCGAUAUAUGUGAAAGAACAUCUCAUGGAUUUUGUUUCCUGCCUUCAUUGUCAUUUCAAGUAUACCUGUUCCCUCCAUCUUGGACCAUUCUCCCUGUGCUUUCUCAAGACUUAGAAUGUAACUCAAACCCCUAGAUGGGAUCAUUACCAGCCUUGACACUUUGAUCAUUGAGACGGAUUCCAGCAGAAGCAUUCAGAACAUCAAAUGUAUCUGUGGAGGGCACACUGAAUAGAAUAGAUCCCACAGAUUGGCGAUUCACACACAAAAUGUGGAGUCAUUGGUGUUUUUCUGCCUCCAGGAAUGCAUCAGAAAUGUUGUGUUAAGCUGUGAAUUUUCUAAAAGAGCUGUCCCAGCUAAGAUAGAGCUAUAUUUUUGCAAUUGAUGGGUCAUUUUCUUUUUCUCUUCAUUUUUUUUUAAAGAAAAGCAAAACAGACAUGGAAGCCAAUGGAAACCUGUAUGUUUCCCCCCCCCCCCCCACGUUAAAUAUCGAUGAAUUCUAGGAAUGUAACUUCUUUUGGACUACACUUGUCAUUGAAAUCUUUCCACGGAAAGGAGGUUAAAACUGAAGGUAGUGACCCCUCCAAUGGCUGGCGUCCACUGGGGGUUGCACAAAGUGUGAUGCCUUUGUCACGCCAAGGUUCGCACCAAAAGGGCUAGGAUGCAAAUUCUGUGGAUUAUGUAGCCAAUAAAAUAAAAUAAAACCACCCACCCGCAAAACGUGAAAUUCAUCAUGGUGAUUCCCAGAAGGUCCAACUGAAUGACCCAAUGCUAUGCGAGACAAAUAAGAAAGACUUUGCAAAUGGGAGAAAUGUAUAUUUUUGUUGAAUGUAAGCACUUUCUUCAGCUGACCAUUUGAAGCCUAAAUCCAAAGGCUAGACCCAGCCAGAGUAAAUCCUUUGAAUCAGGGGUUCCCACAACUCCAAGGGAUACGAGUGGCUUAUGUCCUUGAGUGAUGUGUCACGAGCCAUCACUCAUUUUGUUCAGAAUAAAUUAGAAUCUAAUUGCUCAGUUUAGAUUUGCAUUUUAUGCACUGAGUUAAAAGCAUAUUUUUAAUGUUCUAUUUCUUUACGCACAGUAUGGUAUGUUAUUCAAUUUGUGGUUCAAAAAUUAGAAAUUAGACCUCUUCAUCUUCAAAUGUGAUACUACGUUUGUAGGGGGUGUGAACAUAAAUCAAAUCUUUUGAUAUAAUGUUGAUAUCAUUGAAUCAAAUGAUGAAUGAUAAGUUGGCACUUAGGUAAUUCCCAUGGAUUCAAGGGAUCUACUCCUGAAACAUGAACAGCAAUUGGAUUUAUGUCAGUGUUUAUUUAGCUGAGGAAAGGUCAUUUAAUGCCUUUGAUUUGGGGUUGGAGGAAGGAGGAAAAUCCCUUAUUGAUCCUGCCUUACAGUCAGAGCCACAACCGAUACGUAGCUACUUCAGCCGAAUUAUAGCAAUGAUGUCAAUUUUUUAGGAGGCCUUGUGCAAUGCACAAAGUCUCCAAAGGACUCUUCUUAUUCCACUGUGGAUUGUUGGAGCCUUUCUAGAUGUUUCAAUGUCCUCUCUAACAUGAGUGUGUACACUUCUCUCUCUGUGUGUGAGUGUGUCCACAUUUUAAAAAGGAAUAUAUAUUUGUUUUUAAUGUAUAAUAUAUCUAUAUAUAUCUAUAUAAUAUUUUGUUAAACACUAAGGAAUGAAUGCAAGCUAGCUAUGGCCAAGACAUUUGCAAUGAAAGGGCUGGUUCUUUCUCCUGAGUUUAAAUGAAUGGAAUUGCUUUUCUAAAAGGUUUGGACAGGAGGUGUGGUGGACAGGAGACAUUUCUCUUAAAACAAUCUGGAACCUGAUUCAUAUAUGUUGAGCCACCCAACCUUUUUACAUAGCAAAGGAAUGAGCAUGCAAAUGCACAGAUUCUCACCAUAUGUUAACAUCUGAUACUGGUCCUCAGUACACAUGGUGGCAUGCUUUAUGUGAUUCUUUCCUCUAGGACAGAGGUUCUCAAACUUUGGUUUCCCAGGUGUUUUGGACUUCAUCUCCCAGGAGCCCUAGCCAGCUUGGCCAACAAUCAGGAAUUCUGGGACCUGAAGUCCAAAACAUCUGGAGGACCAAAGUUUGGGAACCACUGCUCUAGGACAAAAGAGAUGUUUGUAUAUAGACUUCCAUACAGAUUCUUCAUGUGGUGGUUACAUCAGCUGUAUGGUGGAACUGAGGACCUCACCAGGACUGGCUUAGGCAAGGUGAGGCAAUAGCCUCAGGAGUCAGAUGCUGGAGGUGGCAGCAGUCACCUUCAUCUCAUUGUUCCUCCUAAGCCUUUGGGAUACUGGUGCAUGUCCGGAGGAGGGUGACUAAAAUUGUUAAAAUUUUAGAAGCCAUGUGCUAUGAGGAGUGGCUUAGAGA